CUGGCAUAUAUAAGUACAGAAUGCAUCUGUCAUUUUAUUCUCUUGAAAGCUUAAGAACACAUUUUUUAUUGUUUUCGAAGACAGGUUUUAUCCAAAAACAAAUCAUAAGAACAAAAGAGCAUUUACGACUUGCAAGUGAUAAAACAGCAUCACACUUCACACUUCUUUAUUUAUUCGAAAGUAGCCAUGGCAAGGACUUUUAGCCAGUUCCCAUCCGAAUACCAGAGAGCACUACAAUAAGAAAAAGUCUCCAGUGAAUUGCACUAACAAAUAAAACCUUCAAGAAAUUUACUUUACAAAGGUGGCUAAGACCUUCGAGCAACCCCAACUUCAGAGACAAAAUGUUGGAGUACGGAUGCAACAAACUACUCAGAAUAUUCGUGUGGAAUAUUCCUUGGCUACCUCUGCUUCGUCUUCCAGUUGAUGCAGCUGAUGCUCCUUUCACAUCAGCUUCAGCUUCAUCACUUUUGUCAUCAACAGCCAUCUUUUUAGGCCACCAGGAGCUGUUGUCACAAUUCUCGAAGCACGCCCUUUUUCUGACGCUUUUGAAUUAGACUUUCAUCUCCUUAAUACUCCCUUUUGUCCCAAAAUGAUUGUCCAGUUUGGAUUUUCAUUUCUAGUCAAAAUUGUACAAAAACUGAAAAUCCUAACUGAACAAUCAUUUAGGGACAGAAGGACUAUCAGCUUCUUCACUUUUAUCUUACUUUUUUGGCUGGGGACAACAUCAGCUGAAAUUUUCUUAGUGGUAAUGAAGACAAAGUCAUCAUCAUUAUUCAUUUUCUUGCUGACCUUUUUCCCAGGUGGAGACAUCAACUCAGCUGCUUAAAACUUCCUCUUAGCUGGAAAUUCCUCUACUUCCUUUUUCCAUCCGUCUGAAGCAAAGUAUUUCCUAGUUUCCUUCUCCCUAUGCUACUAUCUAGGACUCCUGCAGCCAGCGAUUAAUGGAACUGCAAAAGAGCAGGAAACAGUUUCUCUGCUGCUUUGAGCUUGGCUGUAUUACCAUUACCAGCAGUCCCUUUAUCAUGUUUCUCCAUGAACCAUUUCCUUGUAUUGACAUUAUCCCCACUCGAUCCCUGAUUCAAGGAAAAACCCCACCACUAAUUCGCAACCGCAGUGGCAACCCUUUUUGACAGCUUACCAGAAAUGCUCGAGAACGUCCCAGCCAGAGAGGAAGCCUGGGAAGAAGAAGGCCACCAAAUUCACAGUGAAGAUUGAAGAAGAGGAUAAAUGUGUAUCCUGGAAGCGGGAAAACCCGGCUGAGCUUAGAACCAAACGACCAAAACCCAAAACCCCGAGUUAAUCGAAAAUCAGGAUAAACCUGGUUGAACCGCCCGGUUCUUUAUAUUCUUUUUCCUUUCCAGUUAAAAAUUAGGCUGACCGCCUUCAAAUGCUGCUUCCCCAAUCCGCAUAAACCCGGCGGCACUCUUCCGAUCGAGGCAUCCGAAGCUUUCCGCAACAGCAUUCGUUUACUUCUUCGCUGCCGCAUUGUCACUGCUGCUCCGACUACUUCGUUUUCUGGGUUUUUCUUCAAAUUCAUGGAGCCCCAUAAACCCUCUUCAUCUUUCUCUGCAUCCUCUUAUUCCUCUCGUAGUGGAGGGAGAGGAAGCGGACAAGGUAUGAGAGAUAAUAGUAAUAGGGAUAGGCAAAGAGGCCGAGGCCGCGGCGGCAGUGGAGGUGGUGCUGGGAAAGAUAAGAUUGAUGCACUUGGAAGAUUACUAACACGUGUUCUACGGCACAUGGCUGCUGAGUUGAAGUUGGAUAUGAGAAAUGAUGGAUUCGUUAAGGUUAAAGACUUGUUAAAGCUAAAUUUAAGGACUUUUGCCAACAUUCCUUUAUCAUCACACACAAUUGAAGAUAUCAGAGAGGCAGUCCGGAAGGAUAAUAAGCAGAGAUUUAGCCUGUUGGAAGAAGGAGAGCUUUGGAUACGGGCAAACCAAGGGCACUCUAUCAAGGUAGUUGAAACCGAAAGUUUGUUGAAACCUCUUCUUUCUGCUGAGGAAAUUCCAGUUUGUGUACAUGGGACCUAUAAGAGAAAUUUGAAUUCGAUCUUGGAAGAAGGGUUGAAACGCAUGACAAGAUUGCAUGUCCACUUCUCAUGUGGUUUGCCAACAGAUGGCGAAGUGAUUAGUGGCAUGAGACGGGAUGUUAAUGUGCUGAUCUUUCUAGAUGUGAAAAAAGCUUUGGAAGAUGGAAUGAAGCUAUAUAUUUCAGACAACAAGGUGAUAUUGACGGAGGGUUAUGAUGGUGUUGUGCCGAGGAAGUAUUUCCAGAAGAUUGAAUCGUGGCCAGACAGAGAGAUCAUUCCCCUUUAAUGGUCAUCUCAUGUAUAAAAAUGACUGGUCUGUUUUCUGGCUUCAUUCUCUUAGCUGUAGAUUGAAGCUCUGAAGUGUCUAUACGUAAGAGGUUGAAUUUUUUGUUAUGCCUGUAUCUCUCAAGUUCAAAUAUAUUAGUUGAAAACCGGGAAUAUCCCGUUUGAUCAGUAUCUGUACUUAACAUCGUUACUGAUUAGCAAACACAGGAUGACAUUUGGGACGUGUCAUCUGGGAAAAAAGGCUAAGAAAAACAUGUUAACCCCAUGGUCCCCCUUUGUAUGUGGGAGUGAGCUGAAUGCUGCAAUUUUCAGUGAUUGGCUACAUUUGUGUUUCCCUGUCAAUGGUUUUUUUUUUUUAUAUA